AUGUCUUCCGGCCAUUCCAACAACCAGCAGGCCGCGCUCAAGAUGCGCCCCGUCACCGGAGCUUUCUUGCUCAAGCAGAGUCCUCAUCAUCUCUCGCAUGACAUCAAGGACAUCCUCGAGAAGCAUGGCGUCAAGCUCCCCCCCGGCUGUUCCCAGGAGCUCACCCGAUACCUCAACGACAAGCUUGAGGCGUACCCCAUCCCUUUCGACCCCAAACGUCCCAACCUUCAGGCGGAUCUCGACAACAGUGCUCGUCUUCGCGAUAGGAGGGCUCAGCUCAAGGAUCAGGGCGCGACUCCAAACUCACCCGCGAAGACGCUUCCUCGAUCGCGUCCCGACACCUUCUCGCGGUUCGGCAGGCCUCGCAACAUCAACGAGUCUUUCAUGUACGUUCCGUGGGACGAGCCAGUCUCGCCAUCCAUGUUGCAACCGCCGAUGCCCGUCAGCGUGAACUCGCUGCUUCAGGGCUGGCCUCUGAAAGAGAAGUCGAUCGCAGCUGUGAAGACGCCGACCAAGGUCGAGAAAGAGCAGUCUGCACAGGCCGAGAUCAAGAACUCCGUUAAGAUCGCGAAAGAGACUCCCGUCAAGGUCGAGAUUGAUGGACCCCUUAAGACUAAGAUCGAAUCGGCCAACACCACGAGGUCGACCUCAUUGAAUCAAGGGCGCGCCGACGACUAUCUCGAUGUCGCGACAGAAAAGAUCAUCAAGCGCGCACCUCUCGCUACCACAAAGGACAACCCUGUGAAGGUAGAAGAUAGCGUUGGCAGCGACGUCCAGCGCCAUAGUCAGAUUCAUCGCACCGUCGACUCCAAGUCUCCGCCUGCCCCCGUCGUCAAGCCCGAAACGGCAACCACCACGAGCGCCAAGCGCACCCUCAAAGCUUUCGAGGAUAUGGACCCCGACGCCGUCUCGUUCGCUUCUGACAACCUCGGCGCUGUCAAGAAGACCCGCCCCGCUGUCAAGCAGACACCGUCCUCCGCACCCGCCAUCAAAGUCGAGGACGCCACCUCCGGCUUCCAGAGCUCCUUCGGCUCCUCCAACUCUUCGGGCUUCCGGUCCUCGGUAUCAGAUGUCAAGCAGGAGUUCCAGGAAACGCCUGACACUACGUACCUUGGUGAGUCGCAGCAGACUCUGGGCCGGUCGCAGAGCCCUUUCAGCCAGACCCAAGAUUUCCCGAACUCUUUCUCCCGCAGCCGGUUCGGCAGCCAAUCCUUCCUGAGCCCUCCCGAUUCAGCGAUCUCACAGACGUCCGGACGUGUCGAGAUCAACCCGCGUCGCUCUGCUCGACUAUCCCAGGCUAAGAUGACCGCUGCCGGCUCGUCAGCCCCGUCAGCUUCCGCCCCGUCAGCUCCUCCAGCUCCGUCGCCUACGCCAUCUUCCGCCUCUUCUCUUGGUGUCAAGCGCCGUCGCUCCGCCAGCGUCACAGACGACGUAGAGCAAGUAGAGCGCCAGGGUCGCAACAAGAAGUUCGUGACCAAGGAGGUGGUCGCAAAACAACGCGAAGCUCGCCACAAUGAGGACGCAAAGGAUCAAAAGCGCAGUAGCGCCCAGCGUCGUGCCUCGGUACUUCGUCGUCGCCCGAUCUAG